GGGGCGCGCGGCGGUCCCCGUCAGCGCGGCGGCAUGAAGGAGCCGGCGCUGCCCGGCACCUCGCUGCAGCGGGCCUGCCGCCUCCUCGUCGCCUUCUGCGCGCUGCACCUCUCGGCCACGCUGCUCUACUACCUGGCGGGCAGCUCCCUGGCGCCGCCGCGCAGUCCCGAGCCGCCGCCGCGCCGCCCGCCGCCCGCCAACCUCUCGCUGCCGCCCUCCCAUCCGCCGCAGCUCGCCGCCCGGCCCCGGCCCGUCUCGGCGCAGUCCGACACCCGCCCGGACUCGGCGGCGCCGGGGCCGUGCCCCGACCCGUCCCCGCUGCUCGUUGGACCGCUGCGCGUGGAGUUCUCCCAGCCUGUGAAUCUGGAGGAGGUGGCGAGCACAAACCCUGAGGUCAGGGAAGGAGGUCGUUUUGCUCCAAAGCACUGCAGGGCUCUGCAGAAAGUAGCAAUCAUCAUCCCGUUCCGAAACCGAGAGGAGCAUCUGAAGUACUGGCUCUACUACAUGCACCCGAUUCUUCAAAGGCAGCAGCUAGACUAUGGAGUGUAUGUCAUCAACCAGGAUGGAGAUGAAGAAUUUAACCGUGCUAAACUGCUGAAUAUAGGAUUCAUGGAGGCUUUGAAGGAGUAUGACUAUGAGUGCUUUGUGUUUAGCGAUGUAGACCUGAUCCCAAUGGAUGACAGGAACACCUACAAGUGCUACAGCCAACCAAGGCACCUUUCUGUCUCCAUGGAUAAAUUCGGAUUUAGGUUACCCUACAAUCAGUAUUUUGGAGGCGUGUCUGCCUUGAGCAAAGAACAGUUCACAAAGAUCAAUGGGUUCCCAAACAAUUACUGGGGCUGGGGCGGCGAAGACGAUGACAUUUACAACAGGCUGGUGUUCAAAGGCAUGGGCAUAUCUCGGCCGGAUGCCGUCAUUGGGAAAUGCAGAAUGAUUCGCCACUCUCGUGAUCGGAAGAACGAGCCCAACCCGGAGAGGUUUGACCGAAUUGCUCACACCAGGGAGACGAUGAGCUCCGAUGGCUUGAACUCGCUCUCCUACGAGGUGCUGAGGACUGACAGGUUCCCUCUGUACACGAGGAUCACAGUGGCCAUCGGCGCGCCCAGCAGCUGACACUGCCGGCUCGGCAGAGACCUCGGCACCGCGCCCGGGACGCUGGGCUCGCGGAUUCUUUGUGUCACCGGGUUCUGUAAGGGUUGUGAUGAACAACGCGGAGGCCUCUCUGCAUGCCAGAGCCUCUCCAGACGGGCUGGACGACGGCUUUUCCCGUUGGUUGUUUUUAUAACUUCACCUCCAUUGUUUUAUAAGUUCGGAAGCUGUACAAAACAGUUGUAAAUACUUCUUUUCGCCAGAAAAUGUUGAAUCUGAUCUGCCAGAGUGCUCCCCGUGUUCAGUCAUUGCUGGUGCCGCAUCAGUUCACCAGCUGCAGCUGUGGUGCAGCAGCAGUGACUGCCCACGAUAGGUUUUUUAAAUUGGGUGGAUGGAAACAUUCCUUUUAAUUCAUUCCUUGGUUUUAUUUUAUGAAGGACUCUAAAACGCUGCUAAAAUUGUACAAGUUUACUCAUUUCAUUAGAUUGCUUUUUAAGAGAGACAAAAUUACGUGGGUUUUUUUAUUUUUUUUCUUUUUUUCCUAAUAGUGACCAAAGCAAAAGGUCUUCUCCGCAUUACGAAUAACCAAGUGCGGAUUCCGCGGAUGUCACUAUUUCUUUUGGUCUCAGAAGAGACUUUUGAGUGAGUUGAGGCAGAAUGUGCCCUCAGAGAGCUCCGUGCACGGGCUGGGGGCUGCACAGAUGCGUGGCAGCUCUUGGUGACCCGCAGCACCCGCUGGCUCCCCAUAACCUGCCUGCUGCGUGUGAUUUUCUUUACCUGAGCAGAGCAAGAUCUCGUUGGUUGGUUGGUUGGUUGGUCAUUUUAGUUUGCUCGUUUGUUUGUUUUUUCCCAGAAAGAGAAGAUGGGUUUAAUUGCACAAGGAAUUGAUAGCCUUAAAAUUUACAGACACUUUUACCAGUGGUAGGAAGUUGCCACGCUAUUUAAACAUGGUCUCAAGGUUCUUAAGAACAACAUUCUGCUUGCAAGGUCAUGUGUAAAACUUGAAUUCACUUAUUACUUUUAUUGUCGUUGUAACUUUUUGGUAACUUUUUAAAGUAAUUUGUAUAUCGCAAGUGGUAUAUUUAAUGCCAGAUUAAAGCAGGGUGCAGCAUAAUG